AAUGCGUAGAUAGGGACCAAUUUGUGUCAGUCUCGUUCUGUGAAGAUCAGACCAGAGCAGCAGCGGUGCAGACGCAAUAGCAGUAGAAGAAGGAGUAGCAUACUAUAAGGAAGGAAAAAGACUAGAUAGCCACACAGCUCUCUCUGAAAGAAGGUGGCAUUGCCUUCCUUUCUCCUCCUCCUCCUGGAAUCCAGAUAUGAAGUGAAGAUUCAAAUGUUCUGAGCUUCUGUCAAACCUCGGGAGUUCGGUUGGUCCAUUCACAGGUAGACUAGUACCAGCAAACCGAUACAGACAACGCGAAAACGUACAUUGUUGUUGUUUGUUGUUGUUGUUGUUGUUGUUGUUGUUGUACUGAAAGCAUCCUCGAGAACGGAGUGAUAUCGUCCAGAAUCUCUCUCCCAUCUACAACCGUCGAGAUGAAUACCAACGACGCUAAGGAGUAUCUCACCAGGCGGGAGAUACCUCAACUGUUUGAGAGCCUGUUGACAGGGUUGAUGUACUAUAAACCAGAGGACCCUAUAGACUACCUGGAGGUGUGUCUAAAGAAGGUGAGGGAGCUCGGGGGACCAGACAGGGUCCGGUGGGACACAUUCGUCGGCCAGGAGAAGAAGUCCCUCCCCCCCCUCAACGGAGGACAGUCACGUAGGUCCUUCUUCAGAAACGUGCUCCCAGACAGUCCCAACUUCCCCCUCUACCGGCGCUACGACCGUCUCCCUCCCAUCAGCCAGUUCUCCAUUGAGAGUGAUUCAGACCUGUCGGAGACCGCUGAACUCAUCGAGGAGUACGAGGUGUUCGACCCCUCCAGACCACGACCCAAAGUCAUCCUCAUCAUCGGAGGGCCAGGCAGUGGUAAGGGAACCCAGAGUCUGAAGAUAGCAGCGUGCUAUGGGUUCCAGUAUGUCUCUGUAGGAGAGCUGCUCAGGAAGAAGAUGAUUCACAACGCCACCAGCAACAGGAAGUGGAGUCUCAUCGCCAAGAUCAUCACCAAUGGGGAGCUGGCACCUCAGGAGACCACCAUCACUGAGAUUAAGCAGAAGAUCAUGAAGAUUCCAGACGCUAGCGGGAUCGUGAUUGAUGGGUUCCCUCGUGACAUGGGACAGGCGCUUUCUUUUGAGGACCAGAUCUGUACUCCAGACCUGGUCGUGUUCCUGUCCUGUGCUAACCAUCGCCUGAAGGAGCGCCUGGAGAAGCGAGCAGAGGCGACGGGUCGUCCUGAUGACAACCCCAAUGCAACAGAGCGCCGCCUCACCAACUUCAAACAGAACACCAUCCCCUUGGUCAAAUACUUCCAGGAGAGGGGACUCAUCGUCACGCUGGAUGCAGACCGAGACGAGGAGGAAGUGUUUUGUGACAUCAGCAUGACAGUGGACAACAAGCUGUUUCCCUCCAAACAACCUGUUGCUGGCCCCAGUGAGCUGGAUCUCAGUCUCCUAGGAGACAAUACUAGUCUGGUAGACGUCCCAUUCAGAAAUGAGGAGCAGGUUGAAGAGGAGGAGGAUGAAAUGGGGUAUGCUGAAGGGACUGCAGAGAGGUAUCCUACAGACAGGAAGAAACCUAAAGUUGUCUUCCUGAUGGGUGGGCCGGGCUCAGGGAAGGCUGUGCAGUGUGAGAGGAUGGAGGAGAGGUUCGGGCUGCGUCGUCUGUCUCCUGGUGACAUCCUUUGUUCUGAACUACAGUCUCAUAGUGAGAGAGGACGUUACCUACAAGACCUGCUGGAGAGGGGGGAGAUUCUACCUGAGGACACGAUGCUGGAGCUGCUAUGUGAGUGUGUGACGUUAUCUCUGCGGCACGGGAGGGGCGUACUCGUAACCAACUUCCCCCGAGACCUACGACAAGCUCUGGAGUAUGAAGCUAAGAUGGGGGAGCCCAGUGCUGUGGUGCUGUUGGACUGUUCCCCUGACACUAUGUUCUCCAGGCUACAGUGUCCUGUCCUGUCCCGCUCCGCCCCCCAAACCACAGGCAGCCACCAAGAGAGAGACAGACACAACAGCAGGAGGGUAGAGGGAUUCAACAGCAACUGCCAACCUGUGACAUCACACUACCAACCCAAGAGGCUCCUACACAAGAUUGAUGCCGAGAGGUCUCCUGAAGAGGUGUUUGCUCAGAUCUGUCAGGCCAUGGACUCCUGCUAGAGGAACCCACGCAUCUCUACAUCAUCACUACCACCGCCCCAGAGGUCUAACUACUACCACCGCCCCAGAGGUCUAACUACUACCACCACCCCAGAGGUCUAACUACUACCACCGCCCCAGAGGUCUAACUACUACCACCGCCCCAGAGGUCUAACUACUACCACCGCCCCAGAGGUCUAACUACUACCACCACCCCAGAGGUCUAACUACUACCACCGCCCCAGAGGUCUAACUACUACCACCGCCCCAGAGGUCUAACUACUACCACCACCCCAGAGGUCUAACUACUACCACCACCCCAGAGGUCUAACUACUACCACCGCCCCAGAGGUCUAACUACUACCACCACCCCAGAGGUCUAACUACUACCACCGCCCCAGAGGUCUAACUACUACCACCGCCCCAGAGGUCUAACUACUACCACCGCCCCAGAGGUCUAACUACUACCACCACCCCAGAGGUCUAACUACUACCACCGCCCCAGAGGUCUAACUACUACCACCGCCCCAGAGGUCUAACUACUACCACCACCCCAGAGGUCUAACUACUACCACCACCCCAGAGGUCUAACUACUACCACCGCCCCAGAGGUCUAACUACUACCACCGCCCCAGAGGUCUAACUACUACCACCACCCCAGAGGUCUAACUACUACCACCGCCCCAGAGGUCUAACUACUACCACCGCCCCAGAGGUCUAACUACUACCACCACCCCAGAGGUCUAACUACUACCACCGCCCCAGAGGUCUAACUACUACCACCACCCCAGAGGUCUAACUACUACCACCGCCCCAGAGGUCUAACUACUACCACCGCCCCAGAGGUCUAACUACUACCACCGCCCCAGAGGUCUAACUACUACCACCGCCCCAGAGGUCUAACUACUACCACCACCCCAGAGGUCUAUCUACUACCACCACCCCAGAGGUCUAACUACUACCACCACCCCAGAGGUCUAACUACUACCACCGCCCCAGAGGUCUAACUACUACCACCACCCCAGAGGUCUAACUACUACCACCGCCCCAGAGGUCUAUCUACUACCACCACCCCAGAGGUCUAACUACUACCACCACCCCAGAGGUCUAACUACUACCACCACCCCAGAGGUCUAACUACUACCACCACCCCAGAGGUCUAACUACUACCACCGCCCCAGAGGUCUAACUACUACCACCGCCCCAGAGGUCUAACUACUACCACCACCCCAGAGGUCUAACUACUACCACCACCCCAGAGGUCUAACUACUACCACCACCCCAGAGGUCUAACUACUACCACCGCCCCAGAGGUCUAACUACUACCACCACCCCAGAGGUCCACCACCUUCUACCAGAGCCAUAUGUGCAAAAAGUAGUGCACUAUAUGGGGAAUAGGGCUCUGGUCUAAAGUAGUGCACUAUAUAGGGAAUAGGGCUCUGGUCUAAAGUAGUGCACUAUAUAGGGAAUAGGGCUCUGGUCUAAAGUAGUGCA